UUUUAGUCAUGAUUGAGAGCAUGAUUUGUGCAUUGUUGAUGUCGAAUUAGGUGAGUGGCGUAAAAGCAUUAAGGGUGUUGAUUUUAUGUUAUGUAGUUGCUGCCCAGCAAAAGCAAACUUAUUUCUUUUGUUCAAAUUUUCUUUAUUUCGUGAGUGCACACUUUCCUUAUCCGCGAAUUCUGUAGUUUAUGCUAUUUCUGUUUCCUUUUAGCUGUUCUUCCCUUGCUACUUUAGUAAAGCCAUUCCGGAAUGCCAUCCCAUGGGUGAACUCAGGUUGGAGAACAAAUUAUUUAGAGGGACAUUCAUAAAUCUCGAGUGAUAGACGCAAGAGUAUAGUUAAUGAAAGAAAGAAAGAAAGAAAUAGUCAAGUAAUUUAUACCUUUUUUACACCCAUAACAAAAUAAAAUGAAUCAAUCAAUCCAUUUUAACUUAUCAACAUUAAAUUUAACUAGUUCUCAAAAAUAAAUUAAAUUAACUAAAUAAAUAAAAAAGCCCAAGAGAUUCUAGCAACUGUAAGUAAUGAGAUAUAGGAUUCUUCUUUCGCAUUGCAGUUUUUAUUUUAUUUUUUGGUAUGAGGACAAAAUUUACCAGGACGAAGAUACGUGGGUUAUUAUAUUAGAAUACGGACAGGUAGUUCAUCAUAAAAGCCAUAACAAAGUCCAUGGGGCCAAUGGAAAGUGCCUACGCAAUGCCAGAGACAUCCUUCUACUCGAUACAUGCACAGCACAGUAUUCAGAAAUUUCGUCUAUGGUCUCUUUUUCCACUUUGUUUUAGUACAUAACAAAACUUAAACUAAAUAAAGCUCCAACUCUCCAUUUAAAGGUUUUGUUUUUUAAUGUAUGUAUAACUAAUAUAUUUUGUAAUUAAUUGUCAUCUGACAUGCACAAAAUUUGCCAUGAUCAUUAAUAAAUACAACUGUUUUACAUAUUUACUAUAAAAUUUCUGGGCUUAGUGAGUAGGUUGAGGAGUAUGGGUCUUUUGUCUUAUAAAUAGGUGCCUAACCUGUAAUCGAAAAACAAAUAACAACGAAAGCGUAAAAGCACAGGCACAGCACUCUCUCUUAGCUUCUUCUGCCAAUAUUUCCUUUCUUGAUUCCUUCCAAGCAAACCCAAACCGUUCUCUAUCUCUCUCUGUUUGGCUUCAGAGAAGUACCAAUGGUUUCCACUAAUUCAACAACAAGCGACCUGCAAGAAAAGGGUGAAUCCAUACCAAAUGACCAAAACGUUCUCCAGAAGCAUGUUCUCUUCUUUGACAGGAAUCAGGACGGCAUCGUUUAUCCCUGGGAGACCUUUCAAGGUCUCCGUGCAAUUGGGUGUGGUGUGGUGUUUUCUGUUGCCAGUGCUCUUUUCAUCAAUAUUAGCCUCAGCCAGAAAACUCGCCCUGGAAAGUAUCCUUCUCUACUAUUCCCAAUUGAUGUUCAGAAUAUUCAUCUAGCCAAACAUGGGAGCGAUUCUGGUGUCUAUGAUCACAACGGAAGGUUUCUUCAUGAGAAAUUCGAAGCCAUUUUCCGCAAAUACGCACACACACAUCCUGAUGCACUCACCUCAGGUGAACUGAUGGCGAUGCUAAGAGCCAACAGAGAGCUUAAAGACUAUACAGGAUGGCUUUCAAGCUGGUCAGAAUGGAAAACAUUAUACGUUCUGUGCAAGGACAGUGAUGGUUUGCUGCAGAAAGAGACUAUGAGAGCUCUAUACGAUGGAAGUCUCUUUGAACACUUGGAGAAGCAAAGAGCAUCAGCUAAAAAGAAAGCGUACUGCUUCAUUCACAUGAACAAAUCCAUAAUUUCACAUUAAUUCUUUUACUUAUUGAAAUAGAUUAUACCGCAGUUUGAUUAUAAGAAUAACAAUAAUGGAAUGCCUUAUUUUAUUUGUUUAUUGUAUAUGCAGUUCCAUUUGAAGAGGAUUCGGAUUGGCUGCAGGCCUGCACUUGAUGAAUAUGAUGAUCGAGUUUCAGAAUAUAAAACGAAUUUGAUGAUUUUUCGGUUGUUGUAAUAAAAUCAAAGUAAUUAAAAUUAUUCUCUUCUCUGU